AUGAGGCGAGAAAUACUUCUUUUGUCGCGCGCGGUAUUGAUAACAUUCCUUGUUCUGCUGCCGCUGCAGCCCGCCGUCGCCGUCGAAUGGAAAAAUCAUAAAUGUGACUGCGCAGCCUACACUAGCUGCAGCGACUGCGACCCAGGGCGCUGUUGUAGUAAAGACCGCUACUGCGGAUCUGGAUUGGAUUUCUGCGAGCUUUGUUACUGUGGCGAAAAAACUUGCGAUAAAUGUUACUGCGAGGGAAAUUGCGCUUCCUCAUCUGCCGACGAAAAGCAGCUCCCGGCAAAUCGUACUUAUUACGAAAAUGCCGCGCAUGCUGCUGCUGAUCAUCACCAUCAUGGUGGCGGCGACGACGACAAUAUCAUAGUUGCUACCUACGACGACGACGGCAACGGCCUUAACUGCAAUACAAGGCAAAAUGCAUCAUCAUCAGUGGCUAGCCCUAACCCUAGGCGGGUGAAGAAUCUUGGAAAUGGCAAGCAAGCAACGGUGAGAGUUACCGGUUAUUGUAAACAAUAUCAUGGCAGCAACGCGAGUUUGAUGUUGGAUUACGGUGUUUUCCAGCACCUCGUCGAAACAAGCGGCCGUAGUGAAGAACCACAAUGUGAUCAUCACAUUCCAAUCCGUUACAAGCAUGUGCGCUGCAUCGAUAAUUAA